AUGGGGAACCUGCCGCUGUGCGGGGACAUGUGCACCCCGAAGCCUUCGAAGACGCCGCGGUCCGCACCGCCGCGAGCGCCGUCGCGGUCCCCGGGCUGCACGGACCAGGUGAUUGCAGAGCUAAUCGGGACCCUGGCAAAGCUCUACGACGUCAACGGAGAUGGGUACAUCUCCAUCAAAGAGAUGUGCGACAUCAACGAGAAGAAGGCAUCGCUGCACAAGGAGCGGUUCACAAAGGAGGAUGCGGAGCAAGUGCGACAGGACACCGUGGACGCCUUCAAGGAAGAGCUGGACGCGGACCUGCGCCCCGUCACGCUGGCCAUGUACAAAGACUACAUGCAGCAAUGGCUGCAAGCCACUGAGCCCAGGGACCUCAACGCGCGGCUCUAUCUGAUGGAGGGCAUCGUCAUUGAGGCCCAGCUGGGUCGCAAGGAGCUGGAGAGGCUGGAGAGGGAGCAGACUUUGCCUCGGAUCCUCGACAGCCUCACGGCCCAGGAGUUCGUGUACAACUCUCCUUGCCGGAAAUUCAGCGGGCAGAAGUUCGCCAUGUGA